AUGGUUUCUGAACAGAGGUCGACAGACGCCUUGAGGGUGGCGGAGGACUCUCGCCCUACCACUGCAGACCGAACAGACACUGCGCCAGUACCAACCGUUCAGAUUGACGGUGUAAGCGACGACAAGGAACAAGCAUCAGACAUAACCGCUGCCAAUAACACAACAAGCCUCAACCCAAGCGCACAGCCAAGUCGCGCUCCAUCGCCAAACCGACACGCUCUCUUCCCCCACACCCAAGUCACAUACGAUGACCCCGACUUUACACGUCCACCACCACUCAACUACACGCUGCGAACCCGCAAGAAGGCCAUUUUCUGGUUCUGGACCCUCAUCAUUCUCGACUGCGUCUGCAUGCCUAUUGGCCUCUACUUUGGCAUGUGGUACGGUCUCACUCGCGACCAAUUGUCUGCCAAUGCUGUCUUCAGUAUCAGCACCGCCUUGCUGGGAACCGUGUCGAUUGUUGAGUAUUUCAUCCGUUUCCACAGACUGUGGAGGAAGAAUUCCAGCUGCCGCGUCAUUGGAGCUAAGAGAUGGUAUCUCGACUGGUUUCACUGGAAUUUGUCUGUUGGGUGGUUUUUCGUCAUGAUUGAGCUCAUUGCCGGCACAUGUCCCCACGACCCACCCAUCCGACUCCUCGCUAUGCCAGCAUCAACCAUGAUGUUUGCAAUUGGCGUUGAACUUCUCCUUGUCGACAUUCUACGUAUCAUGAAGGUCCCUGCCCCUUGCCGUAUCUCGUCGCUGCCACAGGGUGCCCCUCUCCGUCCCGGUAUCUACGCCUACAUUGAGGACAUCUGCGCAGUGGAUGGAUCCGGCGGCACCGAGUUCCGCCAGCGAUUGAACCUCCGAUACCAGGCCAGUAAGGCGUUCCGUGAGAUGCUCCACCGCUUGACGCUCUUCUGGGCCAUUGGCGCCAUCGUCGCAUCUGCCGUCUGCACAGCCAUCAUCUUCACCAUCCAGCGUGACGCUGCUUACGUGGUCGGCUGGGUCGUACCAUUCCUCUGGGCAGGUAUCUGGGCCGCCAUUACCAUCAAAUGGGUCCAGCACGAACUCAAGCGCGAACACGAACAAUGGACCACGGCUCAAUACAAACUCUAG